CUGUGCGGGGUUUGAUUAGCCCGCCUGGCUUCAUGCGCCGCUCAGUCACAACAGCGUUCAGAGAUGGCGGCGCUGUCUUCUCCUCUACGAGUCUGCAGAGGAAUACUGAAAGAACUACGUGCCGUCCAUGGGUCAAGUUAUAAGAAGACCCUGGCCUACAACUAUGUUAUGGACCAGUUCCGUAAGAAUAAGGUAACAGGAGAAAGGUACUGCCGUGCCCAGCAGGAGGCACACCAUGACUCACACACAUAUCUGUGCUUGCUGACGUCUACCAGGAACCACAUGCUCCUGCACAACCUUUACCGCGGCAAGGGAGAGCGCAGCCAGGAAGAAGCGGCCGGCCUAGUGGGGCUCAGGUUGCCCACUCAGCCAGGAGGUAAAGGCUGGGAGAAGUGAGGACAUGGGAGGGUGUGAAAUCGGAAGAAAAUCUUGACACUCUUCAGAAAGGACUUGUCUGCGGCUGUUUCAUCUGGUCUCAUGUAAUUCCCCUCAUGUAAACUCCAAAGGGAUAAAUAUUUGACUGGAGGCAGAAUGGAGAUUGUGCCAUCAUGGACUGAAGGAACUUGACUUAUUCCUGUCGUGUUGUUGUACCAGUGUUCAAUGGGGUGAUAAUCUGAUCAACUGAAAAUAUAUGCUUUGAUCAAAAAUCUGUUGUUCAGCUGUAAAUAUACUGCCAUCUACAGCUUAUCUGCACCUGCUUUUGUUUGUUUUGUGGCAAUUUCCCCUAACUUAAAAGGCAAAAGCAACCAUUGAAAAGGACUGUAAGCACAUUUUCAUUUUGAUUCAUUUGUCCCAUUAAACUAUUAGUCACUGUUA